AUGGCCCACAAGCAAGCAGCCGACUUCGUGGUGGAAAGGGUGCUCGGCAUCGACGUCAACGAGCGUUAUGCCCAGCUGCCACUGGAUCUCGACCAGCGUGCCCGGAACGUCAUUGACCCAGCCGACACGUACCUCGAAGACGAACCUUCAGUUACAGAGAUAUUCAAGGAGCUUGUGCCCACACGGGACGGCGCCGUCCACUAUGUCACAGAACUCUUUCCAUCGGCCUCGUGGAUAAGGAGAUAUAAUGUUCGCUGGUUGGCAGGGGACGUUCUUGCAGGCAUCACUAUUGGCCUCGUCGUAGUACCCCAAGCCCUGGCAUACGCGGCUCUUGCGCGCUUAGAUGCUGCCUUUGGCUUAUACACCUCCUUUACCGGUGCUGUAGCGUAUUGGAUGUUUGGAACCUCCAAAGACAUUGUCAUUGGUACCACGGCAGUGGGCUCGCUCCUCGUCGGCAAUGUCGUUGGCUCCAUCAAAGAGUCCCAUGGGGACAUGUACUCCGCACCACAAAUCGCCCACGCCCUGAGUAUGCUAUCAGGUGCCGUUCUUCUUUUCUUUGGGUUGCUUCGACUGGGAUGGGUCAUCGAGUUCAUCCCAUACGUUCCUAUUUCCGCAUUCGUCACCGCCGCAAGCAUUACCAUUAUGUCGACACAGUUUCCAGUUGCUCUUGGCCUCCAAGGGGUAAACACCAGAGAAGCUCCGUACAAGGUUAUGAUCAGCAGCCUUCGAAAACUACCCACAAUUCGGGCUGAUGCUGCAAUCGGCCUCACGUCUAUUGCAUUGCUCUUUGCGAUCAAGGGGUUUUGCUCCACUAUGGAGGUGCGCAUGCCGCACAAGAAGCGCCUUUGGGGCUUCGUCUCGUCUCUCCGAUUGACCUUCACUAUGUUGCUUUUCACAUUCAUCAGCUUCCUGGUUAACCGAGGUUUGUCCAAGGACCAGCACAAGUUUCAAAUCGUUGGCACGAUUGAGCAAGGCUUUCAAGAAGCAAGCGUCCCGCAUCCCGACUCCGGACUGAUCAAGGCGAUCUUGCCCGAACUGCCCGCCGUGGCCAUCAUCCUGGUGAUUGAACACAUAGCCAUUUCGAAAGCCAUGGGACGCCUCCAUGGCUACACCAUCAACCCGUCCCAGGAAAUCGUUGCUCUCGGCAUGGCCAACAUGUUCAGCCCAUUUGUCGGCGGCUACGUCUGCACCGGGUCCUUUGGCGCAUCUGCGGUGCUCUCAAAGGCUGGGGUUCGGACGCCACUUGCUGGACUUUUCAGCGCCAUGGUCCUCGUGCUGGCGCUCUACGCCCUCACGGGGGUUUUCUACUUUAUACCCAAGGCCGCGCUGGCCGGUCUGAUCAUCCACGCCGUGUGCAAUCUGCUCACACCCCCAGCCAAGCUGUACAAGUACUGGGAGCUGUCACCCAUCGAGCUCAUCAUCUGGGUCGUGGGUGUCCUGUUGGCCAUCUUCGACUCCCUGGAAACAUCCAUCUACGUGGGAGUCAUCCUCUCGGUAGUGGUGCUGCUGUUCCGGAUUGCCAGGAAACGGGGCACGUUCCUUGGUGUCGCUCAUGUGAAGCGUGUCAGCGGCGAGAAGUAUCUCAGCCCGCAAGGCAAAACCUCGUCUCAGUCGCGCCAGGUCUUUCUGCCCCUGGACGGGCGGGGCGCGUCGAACCCCGACAUCAAGGUCGACAGCCCUUACCCGGGUGUCUUUGUUUAUCGCCUCAGCGAAGGCUUCAACUAUACUAACCAGGCCUAUCACGUGGACACUUUGACGAAUCACGUCAUGGACAGGACGCGGCGGAUGUCGCCUGAAGAGUUUGAGAAGGAGUCGGACCGUCUGUGGAACGACCCGGGGCCUCGCAUCUACAACAGCGAGUCGGAGUCAUUGCCAUAUCUUCGCGCCAUGGUGUUUGACUUUGCGGCGGUCAACAACGUCGACGUCACUUCGGUGCAGGGCUUGAUCGACUUGCGAAACACGUUCGACCGCCACGCCGCCCCGGACACGGUUGAAUGGCACUUUGCCAACAUCCACAACCGCUGGACACGUCGGGCCCUUGCCGCGGCUGGAUUCGGCUACCCGACGUCGCGGAAUCCCGAGGCGGUCAGGAACUGGCAGCCAGUCUACAGCAUCGCCGCCACGCUCACGGAGAAGGACUGGCCCAUGUUUGGCAACAGCAGCAGCCGGCGCAACUUGACGGACAUGGACGAGGAGCGCACCGCUGGGGCUAGGACACCCGACUCUACGGGAUCCACCGUCACGAGCCCCGUGACGCCGACCUGCGGGGGACACGAAAGUGGAUUCGAAGGCAGAAAAGCUGCCGUGAGCGGCGUGGAUAGGCCGUUCUUCCACUGUGAACUGCAGGACGCCGUGGAGUCGGCGGUCAGGGAUGCGCGGAGCAAGGAUGGCCAAUAA